ACCGGAAGGCCGGCCUGAUUCUCGUGGAAAUUGUGUGAAAAUUUAAUAUUCGCUCAUUUUUAUACGAAGUUCGGCUUAUUACGAUUUGCCGAUCGUUCCGGAAGUGUUAUCGUCUUAUUGUGUCGCGAAUUAAAAGUAGGUUGCGCUACUUAUGAGUACGUGAAUUCGCCGUGUGUUACCAGUAUUGUGACAAAGGCUUCCUACGGAGUACCUCUGCUUGUUCAACACCGAAUCACUCUCUGUUUUCCGACUUUUACUCUUAAAUUUUGACUCUCGGAACGUAAACUGAUCCUUUUUGCGUUCCCGCUAGUGAUUCCAGCUCGCUGAUACUGCCCAUCAGCCCACCUCAUUCCUGGCAACAACCUGUUCGUCGCACCAUUAUGUAGCUACCUACAUGCAGUGCAGCAUAUUUCUACAGAAUCGCGUGCUCAGAUAGUGUUUUGAAUCGCGUUUCACUGAAGCCGACUACGGUCGCACUUUUCUAGUUCGGAUUCCCUUGUGUGAUUAAAUCAACUCUUCAGUUGUCUCUUCGCCUCUACUUAACGAUUGUGUUAAGUAAAUCUGUUUAAAUUAGUGUACCUUUCGGCGAAAAUGUAACGUGGUUUUAAAGGUAGUCAUCUAUUACUACCUUGUUGUGUUUUCGGAUAUUCUCUAUAUUCCUGACAAUUUUGUGGAGUGACCGGUGAAUCUUUUCACAGGAUUAUCUCGUUUAAUGGGGCUGUCUUCAGUUGGAUAACAUGACAGAAGUUAGAUUGCAAUUUCUGAAUUUUGCCUGAUUUCAUUUUGUGACUCCAGCAUCACAGUCAUGAAGAUGCUAUUUUCCACUGCCUUUAUGUUAUUCUCAUGGCUCUUACUAGCUACUACGGGUCAUGCUCAGUUUCGAAGCGAAAGUUCAAUUCUAGGAAGGCGCUUGUAUGAUGAUCCAGCGAGUGGCGUUUUCAAUAAAACAUUGGUUUCCAAGCACAAAGAGACAGCAUCAGUCUCGCCUCCAAGAAUCGCGAGGACAACAAUAGCUGUACCGAGCACUCCUAAAUCACCUUCGUUACCAUCACCUACAAGUCAAAGCUCGUAUGUUCCUCCCAACAGAUUUCCGUUUACUCCGCCUCUUCCAGCAGAUUAUCACAGCCCUUUUGCUAACAAAGAUACUCUUCGUGACAGCAACUCUGACAAUUCUAAUGUCCCAAAUCGUAGACCCAAUCCACCUCCUCCGGUGCGAGUACCGUCAGAAAUGGAGAUGAUUCCCAUUCGACCUAUGUUGCCUGCCCAAGACACCAAGAAAACAUCUCUAAAUAAGCCAAUAAUGAAGAAGUUUCAAGAUUUGAACUACUCAGAGGCGUCUAGCACCAGCACCAGUCUCAGUCCAAGAGGAACAAAUGAGACUUACGAAUAUGUUCCAGUUGAUAACAUUCUGCCUUACUUUAGUGUAUCACGCAUAUUGUCUGGAGGCAAUGGUCGAAAACCAAUGAUCUCGGAUAUGCUGAAUCCUUCUCAACCCAAAAUUGAGCCUGAAACUAAGGUCUCUUGGGCCAUCAAACAGGAAGCUCCAAAGGUAACUAGCCUACCUGCCUCUAGUCCAAAACCUAUUGAGACUUUUGAGAACAAAGCAGAAGCUAAGUUUGAAAUACCUUUGAAAAAUCAUCCUGUUAUUUCAAGUCCAACCACAUCAUCAGCGCUUAGCUCUUAUGCUUCUCAGCACAAUAACGUUGAAGAAGAAUUAGAUCUGCCAAAAGAAGAUGAAAAGAAGUCUGAAAUGGUCAGAACAGUAGUCAUGCCUGAGUCGCCUGUUGCUCCAAGACCAGAACAUCAAGAGCCAGAAAUAUCCUCCCUUCCGGAUCUACCAGAGCCGAGGACAAGGUAUGUCCUGGGGGUUGCAUGGUACGUUCAUGUCUACCUGAUCGCGAUUUUGUUUUCUAUUCUUAUCUUGUGUUCGGUAUUCAAUAUUAUUCGUUUUAGUGCGUAUAAACAUCUACUAUCAUUCGGAUACUUUAUUACUUUACAUGGCUUCUUAUUACUCAUUGGAUGUCUGAGAAGCUUUUACUUGUUCUAUGAUGCAUACAACAUCAACCAUACAAUACCAGAACCGCUCUCGAGGUUAAUGCUAAAUACAGUGUUCCCAUUGCUCACUUCAACAUUUGCAGUUCUGUUUUUAUUCUUGUUGCAAGCAACCGAUUUGCAUCCCACCAGUUCGCGGAUACAGAGGCCAUCCGUAUUGGCAAUAUUCAUUCUAAUUCAUAUCUGUCUCAGUGUUUGCAUUGAUCUAUAUUCAGACGCGUCGCCUUAUUCUGAAGUGUUGCCAUUAAUUUUCCAGUGUAUUUUCAUAAUGUUGUGCAUAAUGCUCGGAGUGACAUACAUUUAUCUGUACAAAUCACUUACGCAUUCAUCGUUACGAAAGCAAGGCACUAUUUUCGGUUCGGCAUUUGCGGAUCCUCAUCGUCCAACGCUAGCACAUGCCAUCAGAGUGACCCUAGCUACGGCUCUUUUAAGCCUGCUAAUGGCAGUUGUUCAGCUCUAUGGCAUGUUCGGAGUGUAUGAAGUGCUUGGCAAAGAUCAACCUCACCCGUGGCUUUGGUGGGGCUUCCAGUUCUCUGUUCGUGUGAUAGAAGUUUCUAUGUGCUUCUUACUUGCCUGGGCUGGAAUUCAACCUCUACGUUGUGAAGAGGAGAAGGAGACCCAAAGUCAUAACUCCUCCACAGGAUUUGCGCUGUUUUCUUGUGGUGCCACCACUCCACGAGGGAGUGAUACAGGUGUUGUUGAUGAUAUCUACCCAGCCAUUUGUAGUACAAACCAAGCUAUACAUAAUUAUUCUCUGCGGACUGGUAAGCAAGUUUAUGAUGAUACUUUUCCCUUAAAUAAUUUACCUUUAGCUGGUAAUAUGUUUAGUCACACAACAGAGCGGCGUUCCUUAAAAAAGCACCCUGAUCAUGACUUGAGUAAGUCAAUCUGCGGAACUUUAGUUUCGUAUCCGGAGCGGCAAAUCCAGCCCUCUCCAUCAAUGCUAGUCGCGGAGAACGGAUUCGUCCGAUUCCGAUCUCUAGCUGAUGGCGAACAGCCACCAGAAGAUUUAUACACUCCUAGCAGCUUAAUUUGUCAUAGGGAUGAUUAUGGCACGUGAGAAUACGCUAAACUCAAUUAAUUACUUCUCUGUUUCAUAACUAUCCCUAAUUGAAAGGCACCAUCAGGUGUCAAGUGAUAUACCUUUUUGUUUCAUCAGUGCAUUUAGUUUUAAGUAGGUAGAUUUUUUCCAAUUUGAUUAUUCCUUUUUUUUCACUCUGAAUAUUCAGAUACAUGUUCCUUUUUCUCAGUCAACCCAAGCAUCUAUCGCAUGCUUGGAUAAUGUUAAAACCUACAUUUUCGUAGGUUACCCUCCCUCCGUUUUGGGUUUUUCUUCUAGCUGCUGUUCUAUUCUGUUCUAAGAAUAUGCCUCAAAGCAUUAGAAGUAACCUACGCCCUAGAAUCUCCUGUGUAAUGAAGUAAAAUCAUAAGUGCUGCAGAUGAAAGUUGACUUUAAAUGGAUUGCCAUUUUUCGCUGAUUAUAGGUAUUGUUCCCCUCUUUGUUUAUUUUUUGCGCAGUCUAGAACUUUCCUCAAAACCCAUCGUCAAAAAUGUAUUACAGAUGGCUAGAUUACAACAAAAUUAACAAUUGAACGGUUUUUCAUAUGAUGCAGCAGAGAUGUAUUGUUUAGUGCCUCACUG